AUGUCUCACGGGCGGCUACAACACUUUGCUAUCUCUGCUGGUCUGACGAGACUCCCUUCAACAAAUUCGUUUGUUGUUAACGCAUUUUGGAAAACUCGCCGUGAAAGAUCACGUCCCUUGGUUAUGGAGUCUCCCAAAUCAUACCAGUAUGACCAGCUCACAGAGCCAGGCGCCUUGCGUCUGAUUGCUCUCCAGCCCGACCACAACAUCGAUGCGCCCGUCCGAUGCUCCCUGAUCUCCACGACUUUGCAAGCGUGCCAUGACGAUAUCGUUGAACAAUAUACUGCACUCUCGUACGUGUGGGGCAACACAAACCAUAAAAUACAAAUCUCCGUUGAUGGAAUGCCCCUGGAUAUCACGGCAUCGCUGGAUCUUGCCCUUCGAUAUAUUCGCCAAUCCGACAAACCCAUACGUGUCUGGGCAGAUGGGAUAUGCAUCAAUCAACAGGAUGUGUCGGAGAAAAACAUCCAGGUUGCGCAGAUGGGCCUAAUUUAUGAAGUUGCGAAUCACACAAUUAUCUUCUUGGGUCUGGCAACGGAGCAGUCUCAAGGACUCAUUCAGGCAAUCAAGUCGCUUCCGCCUCGCCCAGCGUUUGUCAGUUUGGAGACAGAAGCGUCCUACAGCCAAGGCAAGCAAGGGCUUUUGAAUCUUUUAACAUACCCUUGGUUCACAAGAGUAUGGACACUGCAGGAGCUGGUACUAUCAGCUGACCCAUGGAUUCAAUGCGGGAAUUCACGUUGCAAAUGGGACGUUCUCGCCAAAUAUAUCCCCAGGAUGUUAGAGUCUGCCACGGAAGAUGGUAUACAACCAUUGACAGACAUGAACCUCUUUCGAAUGAGCAGUAUGAAGAACAGAUACGCAACCGACGAGCAAAAAGUUUGGGCAACAGAUGAAGAUGCGGUCACAGCGCUCCUACUGAUCUUGCACUCUCGUCGUGGACUGGGUGCAACAGAUGCCAGAGACUUCAUUUACGCGCAUCUGGGUAUAAUAUGUAAAAGACUUCAGGCAGCCAUAUCAAUCGACUACACGAAAAGCUGUUCUACAAUAUACACAGAAUUCGCUCGCCAAGCUCUCGCAUGGAUGCCAUCUUUAGAUAUCCUACAGAUACGUGGAACGCAAAGCCCAGCCCGAGUGCUCGAGGGCCUUCCAUCUUGGGUACCUGACUGGAGUCAGCCCAUCAAGCGUUUGCCUCCGGGUAUCUCUGUGUCCGGCUCAGAAGCUGCUCCUAAAGCGCGCCAAAAUUACAAAUACCAGUUGCUUCACCCAGAGUCGACACUCCUUAUGGUCCAUGUCAAGUUGAUAGGAACUAUUGAGAAAAUUCUCCCUCCAGCGUCCAUCAAUAACGAUAUAUAUUGGAGUGAAGAUGAGUCCAGAUCUUACUACCGGUUCAGGUGUGUUCCCACGGAUGAGGAUGCCAAAUUCCAAGAAGUAAUGCUGUACUUCUACGGAUUAAUGCUUGCAAGAACGUGGGACGAGGAUUUCAAGGCAUCAGUGAUGGAAGGAUUAAGUUGUCUUGAUUUCGAGUUCCCCAGCUUCCAGGAAGUGAUUCUUCGUAAAGUGACUGAAAAGAUCUUUAGGACAUCUAAGAUGAGGGUGCCACCUUGCCAAGGCGAUCCAAUGGGCAGAGAUGAAGCAGAACUAUGGGAACUCAAGAUGCAUCGAGUAUGUUUCACUUUGCUCCGACUCGCCCAUGCAUAUCUUUCGACCUUCCCAUAUCGUCUGGCACUUCUAUCCAAUGGAGCUCUCACUCUUAUCCCGGAGGAUGUCUGUAUUGGUGAUAACUGCUUUCUGGAUGUCGGCGCUGGCAUCAGUUCUAGAGACAAACGAGCAUUAUCGAUGCAAGAAAGAUAUGCAGCCUACAUCAAUACUUCUAUCUUUGUACGACUGGAUACAAGCUUUUGCAUGCCUGGAAAAGAUUCCCAUGCUUUAGCCAAAGCUCUUAAUGUACCGAACAUGAAGGAAGGUGUCCUCGUGCCGGAAUCGGAUGAUCAUGGGCCCUUCCGAAUCUUGGCAAGAGGGCCAUUUGAGCAUGUGCCAUCGUUGAAGCAGCUCACCGAGGUCGAUUCCUCAUACAGGGCUAGGUAUGAUUCUGAAGCUGGGGUAGAUGUUGUUUUAUUGAGUUGA